AUGGCAAAACAUUUUAUUUCUACUCCCUUCAUUAUUGUAUUCCCCCUCUUCAUUUUCUUGACCACCACUCCUUCACAUUCCAACAACCAUACUGAUCUCGAAGCUCUUCUAGAAUUCAAGAAAUCCAUACACGAUGAUCCACUGCAUGCUUUGAGCUCAUGGAACGAAACAACGCAUUACUGCAGAUGGAAAGGCGUCUCGUGCAGUAGAAGGCAUCCAAGCAGAGUCGUCUCUCUGUCUCUGCGGUCUCAACGCCUAGUGGGAUCGCUCUCACCCCACAUAGGUAACCUCUCUUUUCUAAGAAUCAUCAACUUGAAAAACAACACCUUCAGCGGCCCAAUCCCUCAAGAGAUUGGUCGCCUCAGAAGGCUUGAAGUGAUCGAGUUUAGUAACAAUUCUUUGGGAGGUGGGAUUCCAACAAACAUAUCACGAUGUAUCAAUCUUAAAUACCUGAAUUUGAUUGACAAUGACCUUAGUGGAGCUAUAGUCCCCGAGAUGGCUUCUCUUGUCAACCUCCAAGCAUUAGGGUUGUCAGACAACAUGCUUUCAGGGACUAUUCCACCAUUCCUAGGAAACCUCACGGAUCUAUUACAACUUUCGUUAAACGAAUGCCGCUUCCAUGGAGAGAUUCCAGAGUCGCUCGUGCAGCUUAGAAGAUUGCAGCUGAUAGCUGUGGGUUAUAAUGACCUAACUGGUACUAUUCCAUUAGGCCUAUAUAAUAUUUCAAGUAUCAUGAUUUUUAUAGUUGCUUUCAAUCGACUCCAUGGAAACAUACCUUCCGACAUAGGCUCCACACUUCCCAACUUGAUGAUCCUUUAUUUGCAAUCCAAUCAUUUAAGUGGAGCGCUUCCAGCUUCGCUAUCGAACUCUUCCCUGAUUAAACACAUACAAUUAACUGGGAACAAUUUCACCGGAAAAAUGAUUGAUUCAUCAAAGCUUUCAUCUCUUGAGAUUCUUACAGCUGAUUAUAACCAUUUCCAUGGAGAUAUAGGUCCUGUUUUAUCAUCCCUCACAAACUGCACUAAACUUGAAGGUUUGACGUUGUCUACAAACCAUUUCAGUGGUUCGUUGCCAGAUUCCAUUGGCAAUCUUUCUAAUCACUUGUGGUUCCUAAGACUUUACCAAAAUCAGUUAAGUGGAAGCAUUCCAUCUAGUAUAGGAAACCUUGUUGGUCUCACCACAUUAUCAGCUUUUAGAAAUAAUCUACAAGGUCCAAUUCCUUCCUCCAUUGGAUUACUUCAUAAGUUGCAAGUAAUUUAUCUCUAUAAAAAUAGACUGACAAACGAGAUGCCAUUUUCAUUAGGCAACUUGACUUUGUUGAACAAUCUGGACUUGGGACUAAACAAUCUUUCUGGGAGUAUACCUAAUAGUCUUGGCAAUUCUACCAACUUGUUAUCAUUAGAUCUUUCAUACAACAAUCUCAGUGGUUCAAUACCUCCCGAAAUUGUUAAGCUUUCCUCCAUUGCUGUUGUACUCAACGUAUCUCACAAUGCCUUGGCGGGUAAUAUUCCAUCAGAAGUUGGCACAUUGACAAAUCUUGCGGCCAUGGACUUGUCCCACAAUAGAUUAUCCGGAACCAUCCCAACUUCAUUGGGCAGUUGUGUGAUGCUCAGCUCGCUUCACCUUGACAGAAAUUCUCUUCAAGGUGAGAUACCUGAGAGUCUUAGGGCUUUGAGAGGUUUAGAGUAUUUGGAUAUUUCGCAGAAUAAUCUCUCAGGGAUGAUUCCAAGUUUUCUUGUUGAGUUUCGCUUGGUGUAUCUCAACAUUUCUUUCAAUGAGUUGCAAGGUGAAGUCCCAACACUCGGAGUUUUCCAAAAUGAAAGUGCAAUCUCACUUGUUGGAAACCAAGGCUUGUGUGGAGGUAUUGCAAGACUAAACCUUCCUUCUUGUCCAACAUCACCAAACUCCAACAAGAAAGGUUUAGGUAAAAUCUUGAUCCCAUCUAUUGUCGGAGCCAUAUGCCUAGCGAUUGCAGUGUGCUUCUGUGUGAUCAUUAUACACAAGCGACGUACACAUCUAAAUGUUGGAGCCCCCACAUUCCAAGUGCCAGACUUUUUGAGGCUAUCUUAUGCCGAUCUUUUGAGUGCCACAGAAGGAUACUCCGAGACAAAUCUACUUGGUAUAGGGAGAUUUGGAUCUGUAUACAAAGGGACUAUCAAAGAUGAUGAUGAGCAGACAGAUUUAGCAGUGAAGGUGCUAGAUCUUAGAGUAAGAGGAGCUUAUAAGAGUUUGGCAUCGGAAUGCAAUGCACUGAGAGGCAUACGACACAGAAACUUGCUCAAGAUUGUGAGUGUAUGUGACAGCACUGAUUUUCAAGGGAAUGAUUUUAAGGCAUUGGUGUAUGAAUUUGUGGCCAACGGAAGCCUCGAGAACUGGCUGCAUUCUGAGAUUGAAGGCAGGGGAGCUCUCAGUGCUAUUCAGAGACUGAAUAUUGCAAUUGAUAUUGCAUCUGCAGUUGAGUACUUGCAUUGUGGUACUGAUUCCAUAGUUAUUCAUGGAGAUUUAAAGCCGAGUAACAUUCUCUUGGAUCAAGACAUGGUCGCCAAAGUUGGUGAUUUUGGAUUAGCUAAAAUUGUGUCAAGUAUUUCACAAAAUUUGACAUCCACAGAAGGAAGCAGUUCAUCAGCAAUCAAGGGUACCAUAGGCUACAUUGCUCCAGAGUAUGGCAUGAGCUAUGUUGCAUCAACUCAAGGGGAUGUAUACAGUUACGGAGUUCUUGUGCUUGAGAUGUUUACAAACAGAAGACCAACAAGUGAUGCAUUCGAAGGCUGCCUAAAUCUCCAAGACUUCGUUAGCACUGCCUUGACGGACCGUGUAACAGAAGUAGUGGAUCCGUUUCUGCAUCAAGAACUUAAUGUGGAUGAAAAGUAUUGGGAUUGCAUUGUUUCAAUUCUGAGGAUUGGAGUGAGAUGCUCGAAGCAACUUCCAAGAGAUCGCAUGUCGAUGACAGAGGUUGUUAAUGACUUGAAAAAGAUUAAAAAAGUGUUUCCAGUUUAUAAAAAUGGAAGAAAUGUUGCUUCGUGCCAACAUUGAAAUAGUUGUUCCUUUCUAUCUGUUGGCAACAUUUUCAGUUGUAAAGGCAGUUUCUGUUCACUCUUUUUUUAAUUGUGAUGUUAUGUGUUAAGUCUCUUUUUGA